UGUAAGUUUUAAGUUGUAAGCAACUAGUUACAUACUCGCUUUUAGUAUUCUUGUAGGACAUAUCAUAUAAGCUCUCUCUUUGUUAUGUUUUUAAUUCCUUAUUUGUAUGUGUAGAAUUAUUUAAUUUUAUUUUGGGUGGUGAUCGUUAAUGAUAAUAUAAAUAGUUCAGUUCCCUCACAAAAGAAUCAUAUCGAUCAACUUAAUUAUUCCUUCUCUAUCUCUCUUCAAUUCUCUAUCUAUCUAUCUCUCUCUCUCUUCCUCGAAUCUCUCUCUAAAAUGGAGGCAGGAGAUGAAGAAAGAAACAUUAACGGGUAUCAUGGUGAUCACCAAGAGGAACAUCAACCCUCCAAGAGGAAAAAGGGUAGUUUCAUUACUAUGCCAUUCAUCAUAGCAAACGAGUCGUUUGAGAAGGUAGCAAGUUAUGGGUUGUUACCAAACAUGAUCAUAUAUUUGAUGAAGGAUUACAACAUGAGCUUAGCCAAAGGCCAAAAUUUGAUCUUUUUUUGGUCAGCUGCAACCAAUUUCUUUCCUCUUAUUGGCGCUUUUGUGGCUGAUUCUUAUCUGGGUCGUUUCCUUACCAUUGCUCUCGGCUCCGUCAUCAGUCUCUUGGGGAUGACUCUACUAUGGUUGACAACAGUAAUUCCGCAUGCAAAGCCACCGUCAUGCGACCCCUCCUUAGCUAACGACUGCAAAUCCCCAACAACGGGACAAUAUGCACUCCUAGUCUUUGCAUUUCUGAUCAUGUCGAUUGGUGCAGGUGGUGUAAGGCCUUGUUCAUUGGCUUUUGGGGCUGAUCAAGUAGACCAAAGAGAUAAUCCUAAAAAUAAGAAGAUUCUAGAAACCUUUUUCAACUGGUACUAUGCAUGUGGUUGCUUUUCAGUAGUGAUUGCUAUGACAGUAAUUGUGUACAUUCAAGAUCAUUUGGGUUGGAGGACUGGUUUCGGCAUACCAAUUAUUCUUAUGCUUGUAUCGACUGUCUGCCUCUUACUUGCCACUCCUCUUUAUAUCAUGAAUAAGGUUAAAAGCAGUCUCUUCCAUAGCCUUGUACGAGUUGCUAUCGCUUCUUUUCGAAACAGAAAAACGACUCCCCCUCCUCCUGGAUCAAACGUGCGUUACUAUGUUAAGAAGAAUUCGACGGUUACUACCCCGAGUGACAAAUUAAGGUGUUUGAACAAAGCUUGUAUAAUUCAAGACCUCGAACGAGACAUAGACUCAAAUGGAAUGGCGAAAAACCAAUGGAAACUAUGCUCGGUAGAGGAAGUUGAAGAGCUAAAGGCUCUCAUAAGAGUGUUACCAAUAUGGUCAACAGGGGUAAUAAUGUCCAUACACGCGAACCAGAGCUCAUUUGGUGUGGUACAAGCUCUAUCCAUGGACAGACACCUAGGGUCAUCAAAGUUUGAAGUUCCAGCAGCAUCAUUUAUCACGUUCCAAAUCAUGGUGAUAGUUCUUUGGAUUCCAAUCUAUGAUCGUAUACUCCUUCCUCUAGCAUCAAAGAUCAAUGGGAAGCCUGUUACCCUUAGUGUAAAAUCAAGGAUGGGGAUCGGACUCUUUUGUGCAUUCAUGUCUAUGUUUGUUGCUGGGGUUGUGGAAAACAUACGAAGAAAACGAGCCAUAGGAAAUAGUAAUAGUACUACCCUCCUCAUGUCUGCCUUUUGGCUCGUACCUCAGAAUUGCUUCAGUGGGUUAGCUGAGGCCUUUAACGCGAUUGGCCAGAACGAGUUUUUUUACACUGAAAUGCCAAAGAGUAUGUCGAGCAUAGCGACUUGUUUGUUUGGAGUAGGGAUGGGUGUUGCAGGGUUGCUAGCCAGUUUGAUAUUGACCUUAGUGAAUGAUAAUACACAAAAGGGAGGAAAUCAAAGUUGGGUUUCAAGCAAGAUUAACAAAGGUCGUUAUGACUAUUAUUAUUGGAUUCUUUCUGCAAUAUGCUUCCUUAAUGUAUUGUAUUAUAUGUUUUGUAGUUGGUGUUAUCAACCUAUUAAAACCAAGAUUGUUGAUGACACACCAUUGGCUAGACUAGGUAAUAAUACGAGCCCGCCGGCGAAGGAACAAUUGAACGACUUAUAGGCCGGCCGCCCGGCUUGAUGUAUGCUUUGGGGAUUGUUGUAUACUACAAUAAGUGUUCGAUCUCCAUGUAUCAGUUUAUUUUUAUCAUCUAGAAUUUACCUGAUUAACUUUCUAUGUGUAAUUAAAGUUUAAGGUUGUAACUGGUAAUUGAUUGAGCUAAUUAUUUGUGUCUA